UCUUCAAUAUGAAGUUUUGUUUAAAAACACAAUGGCGGAUCACGAGGAACAGAAAGAAAAUACAAUGUUGACAGACGAAAUUGAACAGCCAGAAGCCGACAACGACGAUGAUCAAGACGAGGAAAUGAACAGUGACGAUAAUGACAAUUCAGAUUCAGAAUCGUCGGCUAGUGACAGUGAGGACAACGAAGGCAUUCAAAACGAAUUGAAAGUGCAAGACCUCGUGCAAAAGAUUGAGGAGAAUCCAUAUAUGUAUGACUCCCAUGUAGAGCUUAUAAAGAUUCUGCGUCAGAUGGGAGAACUUAGUCGUCUGAGGGAUGCCAGAGAGAAGAUGAGUGAACUAUUCCCUUUAACAGAAGAGCUAUGGCUGGAUUGGCUACGGGAUGAGAUACCACUGGCCACGGAAGAAACUGAAAGGAGUAAACUUGAACAGCUGUUUGAGAGGGCAGUCAAAGACUAUCUCUCUGUACAAAUCUGGUUGGAGUAUGUACAAUACUCCAUUGGUGGAAUGGGUCUGAAGGGUGGUGUUGACCGCAUACGUGCCGUUGCAGAACGCGCUCUGACUGCCGCUGGGCUUCACGUUACUAGAGGGGCCUAUCUGUGGGAAGCCUACCGUGAGUUUGAGAAUGCAAUCCUGGCUGGCCUACUGCCCCAGCCAGGUCAAGUUGCCAGUCAGGAACAGGAAAAGGCAUUUAAGGCGCAGCACCAAAGAGUGAACACCUUAUUUAAACGUCAACUAUCCAUUCCACUGUUUGAUAUGAAGGAGACAUACUGUGAAUACAAAGACUGGCUGCAGGAAGAUCUGGACAACUACACAGAGCAGACAUACAAAAAAUCUUGUGUUAGCCUGGAUAAGAUCAAACCUCUGGAGCAAUCUCUGGAAGCUAGCGAGACACCAAGACUUACAGAAUACAAGACUUAUAUUGACUUUGAAUUAAAAGAAGGCAACCCAACCCGGAUACAGUGCAUAUUUGAGAGGGCCAUACAGGAGAACAGUCUCGACUCCGACCUGUGGCUCCAGUAUACUAAAUAUUUGGACGAGAAACUGAAGGUCAAGUCUGUGGCGUUACCUGUAUAUGAGCGGUCAGUACGGAACUGUCCCUGGUGUGGUAAACUUUGGCACAAGUACAUGUUGGCUAUGGAACGCCACCAGGAACCUCACGACAAAAUCAAAGAAUUGAUAGAUAAAGCUCUCCUGUCGGGCUUCAGUAGUGGUGCAGACUACCUGCUGGUGUGGAGUACAUACAUUGACUACCUCCGCCGUAGGAUCAAGUGGGACGAAGAUCAUGAGGAAGCCCUGGAACUGUUUCGUCUGACACUAGUGAAAGCUGUGGAACACUUGGCCGGUUAUGAAGAUGGAGAUCCGUUUGGAACAUUACGGCAGUACUGGGCAAAUAUUGAGGCAAAGUUCUGUAAAAAUGUGGUGAAGGCUCGGGAGUUGUGGAGCGAAAUCAUGACAGAAGGACAUGGCAAUGAGGCGACUAUGUGGCUCGAGUUCUACAAGAUGGAAAGAAUGUAUGGAAACAACAAACAUUGCCGAAGAGUUUUGACAAGGGCACUUAACUCUGUCACUGACUGGCCAGAGAGCAUAGUAGAAGCUUACACUAACUUUGAACGAGAAGAAGGUAGCAUUGAGGAGUAUGAUAUGGCUGUAUCCAAGUGUGAAGCUCAGAUGGCCAGGAUAAUGGAGAGAAGGCAACAGGCAGCUGAGAAAGAGGCAGCUAUUCUGGAGCAAAAGAAACAAAACAAGAGCGAUAAAAAGUUCCAGAAGAAAGGUCAGAAAGGUGCAGAUCAGCAAAGAACCAAUCAGUUUCAAGGAAAACAAAGGGUAGGGGGUGAGCAAAGGUCAGAAGUUCAACCAAAGUCAGCAGAUCAGCAAAAGAUAAAAGUGGAAGAUUCUGAAAAUGAUGGACAGAAGAAAGCAGAGAAAAGAAAAUUAGAAGAAACACAAGAACAGACGGAUGAUUUCAAGGUUCCACCACCACCAGGCUACAAGGGGCUGAAAUCUGGAUCCCAAGGCCCACCACCUGGCUACAAGGGGCCAAAGACUAGUUCUGCAGGACCUCCACCAGGGUUCAAAGGUCAAUCCAACAAUACCUCAGAGUCGCCUGCAAAAAAAGUAAAAUUGGAGACCGGUACUACAGGACAACAUGUUGGGGAGGGUGACUUUGCCACGGACCCUGCCGCACAGAACAGGACAGCCUUCGUCAGUAACCUUGAUUUUUCUAUUGGCGAGGAGAAACUUGGAGAAAUAUUUGCUCAAUGUGGAGAGUUGACAGAUAUUAGAAUUGCAAAGAACUUUAAAGGGAAAUCCAAAGGCUUUGCCUACAUAGAGUUUAAAGAUGAGUUUGGUGCCAUGAAUGCCAUCAAGCUUGACAGGAAACUGGUAGAGAAUCGUCCCAUGUAUGUCUCAAAGUAUGAGGAGAAGGGCAAAAACAAGGCUCAGUUUAGGUAUUCUACCAAUAUGGAGAGGAACAAGCUUUUUGUGAGUGGUCUCCCCUUUACCUGUACUAAGGAUGCUCUGCAUGUCAUGUUUGGGGCGCAUGGCCAGUUGAAAGACGUGAGAAUAGUCACAUACAAGAGUGGAGCCCCCAAGGGACUGGCUUAUGUUGAAUAUAUGGAUGAGCAAGAUGCAGUACAAGCUGUGGUAAAGACAGAUGGAAUGCUCAUCGGCGACCACACCAUCUCCGUCAGCAUCAGCAACCCUCCGAGUCGUAAAACGCCACUGAGUGAGCGUGAGGAUCCAGUGUACACUCCUACACUUGGCUCGGGCAAAAAAGAGACAGAAAUGCGAGGCAAGGCACGGACACAGCUUAUGUUGCUGCCCAGAUCAGUAAAGAAAGCUCCUGUGAGUGGUGGACCAGUGAAGACCUCAACCAAUCAAAACAGUGCUAACAAAACAGAGAGUAAUGGGGAAAAUACAAAUAGUCAGAGUACCUCAAGAAUGAGCAAUGCAGACUUCAGAAAUAUGUUGUUAAAGAAAUGAAAUAACUAGUGGAAUCUAGUCGAAGUGGGACUACUUGAGGGUUUUAGGAAUGACCGGUGGACAUAGAGCUGCCAAAGUGAGAUGACUGGUGGUUGACCACAGUGAAAAUGAAAUGGCCGGUAGCCAUACAAUUGCAGUAAAGACCAUGUUUUGACCACAUCAGAAAUGAGAUGACCGAUAGCUGUACAGCUACAAUGGGCCACAAUUGGUUGACCACAGAAAUGAGAUGACCGAUAGCUGUAAGGCUACAAUGGGCCACAAUUGGUUGACCACAGAAAUGAGAUGGCCGAUAGCUGUACAGCUACAAUGGGCCACAAUUAGUUGACCACAGAAAUGAGAUGGCCGAUAGCUGUACAGCUGCAAUGGGCCACAAUUGGUUGACCACAGAAAUGAGAUGGCCGAUAGCUGUACAGCUACAAUGGGCCACAAUUGGUUGACCACAGAAAUGAGUUGACUGUAGACUGUAUAACUAUAUUGUAUAUUGAGUGAGUGUUGUUUGACCACAGUAGAAAUGAGAUGACUGGUGGUCUUACAGUGAUCGAGUGACCAUUUUCUGACCACAUCAGAAAUUAAUUGACCGGUAAAUGUAUACACAUUCAUGUGAGUGACUAAUCAAAUUCUACUAACAUUUGAGUAGAAAUGACCAACUGUUUUUUGUGUAUACACAAUCACUGCAGGAAAAAGAUGUUUCAGAAAAAAUAAUGUAAUAGUACAAAAGAUUUCAUGGGGAAAAUUCAAAAACAUAAGUACUACCAGAUAUGGAAAAUGUGUGUUGCCAUGGAAAUGGAACGAUGAAAGACAACAUGAAAGGCAAUCUGUUGUUUGAUUUCUUUAAUAUUUCCAAGUUAUGGACAUGCAAGUAUUUAAAGAUAAAUGUAAUGAAUGAUGAGUGUGUCAAUGUCUGAAUGUAUAGUCAGUCUACUUGCUGUAUUGAGCUUGUCUUUACACAGAAGACUAAUCAGACACAUAGAUUGAUAUCUGGCUAUAAACCUAGAGAAAGCUAAAUAUGACUAUCAUACAGUUAUGCAGUAAAAGUAUAGCUUUAAUUUAACAAUAGAUUUUAUUGUCA